GUUGCAUUGUCACACAGAGUCACACUUUGGCAUUGAAGGAUGCUUCUACUACGGCUGACUGCUCAGACUCCGAACGCCGCGCUGCUGUUCCAACACUGCUUCACUCGCAAAUCUAUUCAUUGCACAAGUCUGCUGCAUCGACGGACAACUGCUGCUGCUGCGGUGAGCUUGACAUUGCCCGCGUCGAGCAGCGCAAGACCAAGUCCAGCAAGCUUCACUCUGGCUGCUGCUGCUGUUAGACACUAUCACAUCUCAAGACCAAGCUCAUCCUCAGUGCAGUCGAAGAAUGCCGACUCGCAGUCCGCGGCUCAGUCCGCUGCUGCUCAGUCAUCAUCAUCCUCGUCGCGUGAAUCCGUCAACGACCCAAUACUCUACAUGUGGCGCCCGCCAUCGCCAUUGUACAUUCUCUACAUUCGGUUGAAACGGCAAUUGCUGAUGACGCAGCGUGGCCGGAUGGUACUUGCGUUCGUGGUCGGAGUGACCGUCUUGUACAUGGUCGAGCAUCCCGGACGCUUUGACUUUAACUUUGUCAAGCUCAAGCCAGACGUCUGGAGCGACAAGACGCGAAAGCCCAUGUUCUCGGAUCCCGCCCCCAUGCCAUUCCCAGGCGACGAGGAGGCCAUGCUCAAGUUUAUCGAGCGCGAGAGGAAUUUCACGCACGUCUCCUCGCGCGAAGGAAGCGGUGAUCACACGAUGGCGAAAGAAUCGCAAGAAGACUGGGAGCGAACUGUGCGCGAUAUUGCCCAGCACAUGGUUGCCGUGGGGGCAUACAACUCGAUAGAGGGUGCGCUCGGUGACAAGGGCUGGAAUAACAAGCAAUCUUCUGUUGUGAAUAGUAGCAGUUGAUCAUGUUCCAUUAAACUUCACCAUUCGUUGCUC